UUCUGUUUUUAAACAGAAUAAAAAGAAAAGUAGCUUAUUCGUUUUUAAACAGAGAGAGUACCACAUAUUAACUAAUUUUUAUAGCAACAUGAGUUGUGGUGUAGUGAUGGGACUACUCCAUCCUUAAUCAGAAGUGUCAGGUUUGAGCCUGGGAUAUGAAGAAAAUCAUGUUGCAAGCGCCACCCCCAGAAUGAGUCCUGUCAUGUGCGAUCCGGAUUAGUCGGGUGAAAGAAAAAAAAAAAAAAACUAUUUUUUUUCCUUUUAAAAACCCUCAAAUAACAACCCCUGUCCGUUAAAUUUCACUUUUGUUGUUUGGAUAGUGAACACUAUCCUUUUGAGCAAUGGCUUCUCUCCUCUCCAUCUCGUCAGCAGCACCUUCAACAACAACAAAUUCACUCAUUCCACAGCUUUCGUCAUCAUUUAAGGGAAAUACAAGAAAUUUGAAGCCAAGUUCCAAUCUUUUUCCUUCAAUCAAGUUCAGCAAAUCAAGAACAAGAACCCCUUUUGUUAUUGUUAACCAAGCUUCAAGUUUUGGUGUUCCUUCAGCUGAUUCUGGUACUGGGAGUGUUAGAUUUAGGCUUAAUAACUUGGGUCCUCAACCUGGGGCUACAAAGAAUAGGAAGAGGAAAGGUAGAGGGCAUUCAGCUGGACAAGGGGGUAGUUGUGGUUUUGGUAUGAGAGGUCAAAAAUCAAGGUCUGGACCUGGUGUUAGAAAGGGGUUUGAAGGGGGUCAAAUGCCACUAUAUAGGAGACUUCCUAAGUUGAGAGGAAUUGCUGGAGGCAUGCAUGCUGGACUUCCCAAAUAUUUACCUGUGAACUUAAAGGACAUAGCAGAGGGAGGAUUUCAAGAAGGGGAGGAAGUGUCACUUGAGUCGCUCAAGCAGAAGGGUUUAAUAAAUCCUUCAGGGAGAGAAAGGAGACUUCCGUUGAAGAUCUUAGGCGAUGGUGAGCUAAGCGUGAAGCUCAACUUCAAGGCGCGCGCCUUUUCAUCGUCAGCCAAGGAGAAACUAGAGGCUGCAGGUAGUUCAUUGACUGUUCUACCAGGUAGAAAGAAAUGGGUAAAACCAUCAGUUGCCAAGAAUCUUGCUAGAGCUGAGGAAUAUUUUGCAAAGAAAAAAGCAGCUGCAUCUGACUCAGCUGAGCCCUCUUCUGCAUAAGUCAAAAACUUAUGUUAGCCACACAAAUUUUUGUUUGAUGUUGUCAUGUCACUCAAAGAAUAGGGAUGUAAAGCAACAUUCAAAAAGUUUUGGAUUCUUCUCUUUUAAGUCUUCCUUCUUUUUCUUUUAUUCUGGUAUCAAACUAUGAUAAUUUGUUUUAUCCAAGCAUCCAAGAGCAUGACGUAGUGGUA